GCGCCUCGUACUCCAACCGCAUCUGCAGCGAGCAGCCCAGAAGUCGAGACAGAGCCGGCGGCGGCGGCGGCGGCGCAGCGAACGAGCAGUGACCGCGCUCCUACCCAGCUCUGCCCCACAGCUCCUACCUGCCUCUGCCCCUCAGCCCCUCGCCCGGGCCUAGACUCACCGCGACCAUGAUGUUCUCUGGCUUCAACGCCGACUACGAGGCGUCCUCCUCCCGCUGCAGCAGCGCCUCCCCGGCCGGGGACAAUCUCUCCUACUACCACUCACCGGCCGACUCCUUCUCCAGCAUGGGCUCUCCUGUCAAUGCGCAGGACUUCUGCACGGAUCUGGCCGUCUCCAGCGCCAACUUUAUCCCAACGGUGACUGCCAUCUCCACCAGCCCGGACCUGCAGUGGCUGGUGCAGCCCACCCUGGUCUCCUCCGUGGCUCCUUCUCAGACCAGAGCCCCCCACCCCUAUGGAGUCCCCGCCCCCUCCGCCGGGGCUUACUCCAGGGCCGGAGUCGUGAAGACCGUGACCGCAGGAGGCCGAGCUCAGAGCAUUGGCAGGAGGGGCAAAGUGGAACAGGAGACAGACCAACUAGAAGAUGAGAAGUCUGCUUUGCAGACUGAGAUUGCCAACCUGCUGAAGGAGAAGGAAAAACUAGAGUUCAUCCUGGCAGCUCACCGACCCGCCUGCAAGAUCCCCGAUGACCUGGGCUUCCCGGAAGAGAUGUCUGUGGCUUCCCUAGAUCUGAGCGGGGGCCUGCCGGAAGCUGCCACCCCCGAGUCGGAGGAGGCUUUCACCCUGCCCCUCCUCAAUGAUCCUGAGCCCAAGCCCUCCGUGGAGCCGGUCAAGAGCAUCAGCAGCAUGGAGCUGAAGGCCGAGCCCUUCGAUGACUUCCUGUUCCCAGCAUCGUCCAGGCCCAGCGGCUCCGAGACCGCCCGCUCUGUGCCAGACAUGGACCUGUCUGGUUCCUUCUAUGCAGCAGACUGGGAGCCCCUGCAUGGUGGCUCCCUGGGGAUGGGGCCCAUGGCCACAGAGCUGGAGCCUCUGUGCACCCCGGUGGUCACCUGUACUCCUAGCUGCACUACUUACACGUCUUCCUUCGUCUUCACCUACCCUGAGGCUGACUCCUUCCCCAGCUGUGGGGCUGCUCACCGCAAGGGCAGCAGCAGCAACGAACCCUCCUCUGACUCGCUCAGCUCACCCACGCUGCUGGCCCUGUGAGCAGGCGGGGAGGGGAGGCAGCAGGCACCCACGAGCGCCGCUGCCCGAGUCGGUGCAUUACAGAGAGGAGAAACACGUCUUCCCUCGAGGGUUCCCGUAGACCUAGGGAGGACCUUAUCUGUGCGUGAAACACACCAGGCUGUGGGCCUCAAGGACUUGAAAGCAUCCACGUGUGGACUCAAGUCCUUACCUCUUCCGGAGAUGUAGCAAAACGCAUGGAGUGUGUAUUGUUCCCAGUGACACAUCUGAGAGCUGGUAGUUAGUAGCAUGUUGAGCCAGGCCUGGGUCUGUGUCUCUUAUCUCUUUCUCUUUAGUCUUCUCAUAGCAUUAACUAAUCUAUUGGGUUCAUUAUUGGAAUUAACCUGGUGCUGGAUAUUUUCGAAUUGUAUCUAGUGCAGCUGAUUUUAACAAUAAGUACUGUGUUCCGGCAAUAGUGUGUUCUGAUUAGCAAUGACCAAUAUUAAACUAAGAAAAGAUACGACUUUAUUUUCUGGUAGAUAGAAAUAAAUAGCUAUAUCCAUGUACUGUAGUUUUUUCUUCAACAUCAAUGUUCAUCGUAACGUUACUGAUCAUGCAUUGUUGAGGUGGUCUGAAUGUUCUGACAUUAACAGUUUUCCAUGAAAACGUUUUAUUGUGUUUUUAAUUUAUUUAUUAAGAUGGAUUCUCAGAUAUUUAUAUUUUUAUUUUAUUUUUUUCUACCUUGAGGUCUUUUGACAUGUGGAAAGUGAAUUUGAAUGAAAAAUUUAAGCAUUGUUUGCUUAUUGUUCCAAGACAUUGUCAAUAAAAGCAUUUAAGUUGAAUGCGA